CACCGAAAAGUUCUAACUUGUGGGUCGAGUACCCAACAAACGACGAGUACCAGGACAAAAAUUUUGCGUCAAAAUGCAUCGAGUACCAAAUUCAAUGAGUUUCAAAGAAUUCGAGUACCGAGCAACAUGAACCGUGAAGAUCGGAAUGCGCUGCGUAUCAAAGAAAGAGAGAGGCGUAAUCAAGAAAUUCAACAGGGUGAAGAAGCCUUCCCACCUAAUUCUCCUCUUUUUGCUGAACCAUAUAAAGUUACCAGCAAAGAAGAUAAAUUGUCUAGCCGUAUCCAAAGCAUGCUUGGAAACUAUGAUGAAAUGACGGAUCUUAUAGGUGAUCAGUCUCUCCAAAAACUUGUUAGAAUUCCCAAACCGACAGUUCCAUCAGCAACAGAUGACAAAUCAAACCAAAGUUUCUUUGGUGAUCAGAGACACAGUACUGGCUCUCAUCAGAGCAGCAAAUGGACGCCUGUAGGUCCAGCUCCUAGCACUUCUUCCCAGUCACAGAAACGAUCCUCAGGUUUACAGGGUGGACAUAGUAGUCAACGCAACAGUGGCAACAGCACUAGCAAUAGCGGACAGAGGCAUGAUCGUGACUCAUAUAGCAGUGGUGGAAGCAGCAGUAGCCGUAAAAAAACCCAGCAUGGAUCAGAACAUUCAAAAUCCCAUUCUUCCAGUCCUGGAAAAACAUCUGUUGUUUCUUCUCUGAACUCCAGCCAUUCCAGAUCUCAUGGAAAUGAUCAUCACGGUAAAGAACAUCAGCGAUCCAAAUCUCCACGAGACCCAGAUGCCAAUUGGGACUCACCUUCCCGUGUACCGUCUUUUUCUAGUGGUAGCCAGUCGUUUCCUCCUUCACUUAUGUCAAAGUCAAGUACAAUGUUGCAGAAGCCUACUGCCUAUGUAAGACCUAUGGAUGGUCAGGAAUCAAUGGAACCAAAGUUAUCUUCUGAACCUUACAGUAGCCAGACUCAUAGCAACAAUAUGAAUGAACUGAAACCUAGUAGCAAAGUACAUCUAACAAAGCUGAAAAUUCCUUCUCAACCACUUGAUGCUUCAGCAUCUGGUGAUAUGAACAGUGUGGAUGAGAUUCUAAAAGAGAUGACCCAUAUUUGGCCACCGCCACUUACUGCAAUACACACACCCUGCAAAACUGAACCUUCAAAGUUUCCGUUCCCAACAAAGGAAACUCAGCAAUCUAACUUGGGCACUGGGGAUCAAAAAAGAUACAAUCCUUCACUGAAAACAUCUAAUGGCCACCAGUCUAAGUCAUGUGAAUCAAACCAGACAAAUGUUCUGAUAAAUGAUUUGAAACUCAGCAGCAGUGAAGACAGUGAUGGUGAACAGGAUUUUGAUAAGACAGUACCAAGAGGUACACCCGGAAGUAAUUCUGAACCUUCCCAGCAUACAAGUGAAGGAGCAGAUAAUUCUAGGGAUGACUCAAGUAGCCAUAGUGGGUCUGAAAGCAGUUCCGGUUCAGACUCAGAAAGUGAAAGUAGUUCCAGUGACAGCGAGGCAAAUGAGCCUUCUCAAAGUGCAUCUCCUGAGCCUGAGCCGCCUCCAACCAAUAAGUGGCAGCUUGACAACUGGCUAAACAAGGUGAACCCACACAAAGUAUCCCCGGCGUCUUCCAUUGACAGUAACAUCCCAUCAACCCAAGGUUACAAAAAAGAGGGGAGAGAUCAGAGCACAGGGGGAGGAUAUGCAGACCAAAGUGGAUCGAAGGAUUCCAUAUCCUCCACCCCCGGGAGAGAUUCCAAAGGUAGCCAGAAAGGAUCAGAGAGCAAUCGUGGUCGACAGAAGUCACCUGCUCAAAGCGACAGUGCGAUCCAAAGGAGGACUGUAGGCAAGAAACAGCCCAAAAAAGCAGAGAAACCGUCGGUAGAAGAGCCCAGAGGAGGCCUGAAAAUAGAAAGUGAAACCCCCCUGGAUAUGGCAACAAACAUACCUUCUAACAGACAUAAGGCAGCCACCAAAGGCUCCAGGAAACCAAAUAUAAAAAAGGAGCCUAAACCGUCCCCUCGGCCUACCACAGAGAAGAAGAAAUGCAAGGUGGCAAACAAAUCCGCCCAGAAAUCCAAGGAAUUCAUUGAAACAGAUACCUCCUCCUCUGAUUCUGAUGAGAAUGAGAGCCUUCCUCCUUCGUCACAAACCCCCAAAUAUUCUGACAGCAAUAGGACUCCUGUUAAACCCUCCAUAGAGGAGGAUGACAGUUUUUUACGGCAACGAAUGUUCUCUCCUAUGGAAGAGAAGGAACUCCUUUCACCGCUCAGUGAUCCUGAUGAAAGAUAUCCCCUUAUUGUGAAGAUUGACUUGAGCCUCCUAACCAGAAUACCAGGGAAGCCUUACAGGGAGACAGAUCUAUCAAAAUCGGAGAGAAAAAAUGUGUGCGAGAAGCAUCCGAGAGAACCUCAGAAAAUAACUUCCGAGAAAAGUUCCAACAAGGGCAGAAAAAAGCAUAAAUUAUGUCAGAACGCAGAAGACAGCAGAGGCACUGAAAGCAAGAAAACUAAACUGGAAGAAAAACCUUCUUCAGCCCACAAGACUUCUAGUAAUAGAGAGUCUUCAAAGCAAAGCACUGUUAAAGAGAAGGAUCUUCUCCCAUCUCCAGCCACAACCUCAGUUGUUGCAAAAGAUCCAAAGCAAGAGCAUGGAUCUCGGAAAAGGACGAUCAGUCAGUCUUCUUCCUUGAAAUCAGGCAGUAAUAGUAACAAGGAUAAUAGCAGCACUAAAAGUAACUCAUCUAAGCAAAAGAAGACAGAAGGAAAGGCUUCAAAUAACACUAAAGAAACAAAGGAAAAGGUUUUAAAUAACUCUUCUAAUUGUCCUUCUGCCUCCGCCACAAGUUCCGAUAGUUCAAAGUCCCGAAGAGCAAAGCUAGUAUUUGAUGACAGAAGCUACUCAGCAGAUCACUACUUGCAAGAAGCAAAGAAAUUAAAACAUAAUGCUGAUGCAUUGUCUGACAGGUUUGAAAAAGCUGUGUAUUACCUUGAUGCUGUGGUUUCAUUUAUUGAAUGUGGGAAUGCAUUGGAGAAAAACGCUCAGGAAUCCAAGUCCCCAUUCCCUAUGUAUUCUGAAACUGUGGAGCUCAUCAAGUACACUAUGAAGCUAAAGAAUUGCUCAGCACCAGAUGCAACUGCUGCAGACAAAAGGCUAGCAGUACUAUGUCUCAGAUGCCAGUCCCUCUUAUAUUUAAGACUUUUCAAGCUGAAGAAGGAGAGUGCAUUAAAAUAUUCCAAGACACUGACUGAACAUUUGAAGAAUUCCUAUAAUAAUUCUCAAGCCCCAUCACCUGGUAUGGGAAGCAAACCUGUCAGUAUGCCGUCUCCAGUUUCACCGAAACUGUCUCCAGGGAAUUCAGGAAAUUACUCGUCAGGGUCAACCAACCCUUCAGGGACUGCUUCUUCAGUUACUAUUCCACAGAGGAUACAUCAGAUGGCAGCCAGCUACGUCCAGGUUACUUCCAAUUUUCUGUAUGCCACUGAAAUUUGGGACCAAGCAGAUCAGCUUGCCAGAGAACAAAAGGAAUUUUUUGCAGAACUGGACAAAGUUAUGGGCCCUCUGAUCUUUAAUGCAAGUGUUAUGACAGACCUGGUACAUUACACCAGGCAGGGAUUACAUUGGUUGCGUUUGGAUGCCAAGUGAUAACUGGAUUGAAGAAAUCUAUAGCGUCAUGAGAGGCUUGGCUGCCUCUGUUUUUUUUCAACACUGUGUCAAUUAAAAAAAAUAAAUAAGGAAGACUGCCAUAAUGAAAGCAAAGAAAGUGAAAGAGAAAGGAACACUUUCCUGUGUCUCCCAGCAUCAUAUGUGUAAGAAUCUCCAAACAUUGUGUUAAUGAACUUUUUCAGCUGACCCCAUUUUUUUAAAAAAAAUAUUUAAAAAUAGUUUAAACUCUGCAAUGUUUUAAUGUAAGAUGGAUUCACUGAUUUGCAAUUGGAUUGGAAUUCUAUUAAUUAUGCCUAACAAAUCUGUUUUAAAACUUAUUUAUUUUAAUUUGUUUUUAAAAGCUGUGUGUUUGGGGCUGGUUUAAAACUUAGCUGUUUUUCCUAUGAAUUUUACCUAAUCAAGUACUUAGUGAAGAUUAAAUGUAGACACUUUAUUUAAGUAUUUUGUGAGCUUUGUUAUUCUGUAAUGUCUUGUGAUGGUGGAGCUUGUAAGAGAAAGUCAGGGUUGAUAGAUUCUAAAGUGUAGACACAUUUUCAUGCAUAUUUAAGUCAACCCUUAACGAUGGCCACAGUUUUAUUGAUGUGCUAAGUUCCAAGGUUAUAACUUGAUCAUCAAUUAAAUCAUUUUAAGUCAAAAUAUUCAAGUAUUUGUAUGGAAAAUCAGUUUCGAAACACAUGUCUUAACACUAAUAAUCUCAGUACGUUACAAAAUAUUGCAUUUAAUGCAAUAUUCAAAGUGAUGUGAGUCACAAUGGACUUCAGUCUCCAAGUAUAAAAUAGGAAUGGUUUCAGAUGGACAAUCUCGUACUUUGGUGCAGCCUCUUUUAUUUCCUUGCUUGUAAUUGUUAGACACCAAAGCUUCUAACAGUAGUAAUUCCUAUGUGAAACUGAUGUGCUUCAUCAGAAAACGUGAUGUGUGACAAACAUCUGUCUUUGUCGGAAUUAUGUAAUGGGACAACACGGGGUAGAGAAUAGACCUGUGAUUACAGGGACAUUUUAAACUGUUUGGUCCAAUUAAUUUGAAAUUUUGCUUUUAUGCCAUUCUGUGGCACAUUCAUUAAUGUUAAAUGUUUGUGAUGGGAACAGAGUAUUUAGUUAUAAUGAAAUAACUGUGAUCAGCAAGAAUCAUGCAUGGAAAUCUGCUUUAAGGUUAAUAAGCAAGGUACCUUUUCAUAGGAGGUGCUUAUCUGACUAAAAGAAAAA